CCACCGCUGAGCCGCGGAGGGAGGGGCCGAGGCUUCCGCUCAGCCCUGCCGCGGGGGCGCUGCCCCGGAGCCGGCCCCGCCCCGCCCCUCGGCUGGCUCCCGGCGGCGGGUUUCAGUCGCGGCGCGGCGGGGCUGCAGGAUGGGGCCCGGCUGGCUGGUGGGCGCGCUGCUGCUGCCGCUGCUGCACCUGCACGUGGGGGGCUCGCAGCCCGGCAAGAAUUAUUUGUUGCCUUAUACAUGGAAGACCCCGGAGUGCAAAGACCCAGACUCUGAAUACUAUGAAGAAAACAUUAAUAAAUGUUGCAGCAAAUGCUCUCCAGGUUACCGGAUGCUUCAAAGCUGCAAUAGCAGUGCUGACACACAAUGUGCACCGUGUGAUGAAAACACGUAUACAAGGCUCUGGAACAGAGCUCGGCGCUGCCUGGGCUGCUCAUCCCCCUGCAAUAGCGGAUUAGUGCAGACUCAAGAAUGCACAAGGACCCAUGACAGAAUCUGCAGCUGCCUGGCUAACGCCUACUGUGCUUCAAAACAAAGUCACGGUCGCUGCCUGCUUUGUAAAGCACACAAGACAUGUAAAGAAGGCUUUGGCGUUUCCAAACCAGGAACGAACGUUACGAAUACAGAGUGUUCCCCCUGCCGUCCCGGCACUUUUUCAGAUGAAGAAUCCUCAACUGCCUCCUGCAAACCGCACAGCGUCUGUCAGUCAGUGUCUGUUGCAGGAAGCAACACAAGUGACACAGUCUGCAGUGACUCCAAGGAGGAUGUUUCUGUCACAGCCACAUCUCCUCAUACUACCACACCCAGCACUGGCCAGCCUAUAGCAGCAAGCUCCAUAAAAACCAAUGCCGUCCAGCUUUCUCCUGAUGUCUCUCAGACCAUUGGUAUAAUAGUAGGAUUGACGUCUCUAGUACUCAUCGUAGUUGCAGGGGUUGCCUGUUGCAUUGUUUCUAGAAAAAGAGCUCCAGAUUUGCCCUUCUUGUGUCCUCCAAAGCAGCCUGAGAAAAGGCCACGAGAUACAGGAGCACAGAGCACCAGUGGUCCUAAGCAGGAGGAGCAGCAUCUCUUAGAAACUCCUGGCUCAAGCAGCAGCUCUUUGGACAACACAGCUUCCGGAAUCAGCAUAAUAAGUAUUAACACAGAAAAGAAAGAAACCGAGAGAACUCAGCAGAGACGUAUGACCUCAGAAGGUUGUAAUCAUCACAGCGGAGCCAGACCCGGCUCUGCAAGCUCAGAGCAUUCUGCUAGUGGAGGAACGCAGGUGAACGUAACUUGUAUUGUUAACUUGUGUAAUUCAAACCACAGCCCACAAUUUCCAGAACCGACCACUUCAACCACCACGGAUUAUGAAAAUGUUUCCUACUGCACUCCAACAGAGGAAGAAAUUCCCCUUUCUAAAGAAGAAAACCCCUUGAAAAGAGAAUCUGAAAUUCAAAUCUCAGUGGAAGCUGCAGAUAGUUUACCUCCAAGCUUAUCGUUUCCAGAAGUAAAGCCAUUUCCUCUGAGUGUUCAAGAUGCAGGGAUGAAAAAUAGCUAAAGAAGAUGACAGAUCAGAUAUUGAUCAAUAAAACUCUAAGCAGCUUCUGAUCUGCUAAAAUAAACAAUGCGUUAAGAAUAGUAUUCUUAUGGAGACUUAAAAUCUAAAAUGUAUAAAGAUAUGGAGGGAGGCAGAGCCUUUUAAAAAUGUUUUAACCUUUUGAUAUGUAAUGGCUUUAAAAGUUGAAGGAAGA